UAACAAAAUUUUUUACAAAAAAAUUUUUGUGAUAGAUUCGAAUUUCGAAUUGAUAAAAUGACAGAAGUACAAGUUAUGAAUUAAGAACGAGGUUUUUCAACUAGAUAUUUUUCUCAUAUUGUAUCUUGAAAGAUAUCAAAUAUGAAUAAAAUAUUACCGGCCUUCUUACGAGAAGGUAGAACACUUAUAGCUGAGACCAGUUCAUUGCUUUGUGUUUCAUCGAAAAUAUCAAACUGCGCCCUAAUACAAAUCAGAGGAGUGUAUAAACCUCGUCCAUUGCGUAUCAAAUAUCCGUUCUGGUAUCUUCAAAAAGAGAGAGCUAAUUAUCAAGAAAAUAUUUCUCGAACUAAUCGAGAAUUCAUUCAAGAAAUCGUGCAUGAUGACUUCGGCGAACCAGAUGUGAUCGGUGGCGUUCAAACAUACAAUGUGAAAACUCCUCUUCAAAGUGAACCUUUUGAGCGCGGCCAAUGGAACAUUAAAAGUCAAAGAACCGGAUUAAUUGGCCGGAAAAUCGGCGUUUAUCCUUUAUGGACGAAAGAUGGCAAAAAAGUAGCGUCGACGUUAAUUCAAUUCGUAGAUAAUCAUGUGAUCAAGUACAUACCACCUGAAGAUUUUGAUCCUCCUAGAAAGCCAUACGAUUGUAUUGGACAUAAGAAAAAUCUCGGAUGUCUUUUAGUUGGUGCCGAGAGCACGGAUCCUCAAAAAUUUACAAAAGAAUACUGUGGUUUGUUUUUUAAACAAGGUUUAAUGCCGAAAAAAGUCUUAGGAAGGUUUCUAAUCACGCCGGAAGCCAAAAUUCAACCCGGAACACCGUUAUUUGCUGCUCAUUUCAAAGUUGGUGAUUAUGUAGAUGUUAGAGGACUGACCAUCCAACGAGGUUUUCAAGGAGUAAUGAAACGUUGGGGAUUUCAUGGACAACCUGCAACUCAUGGUCAGACUAAAACCCAUCGUCGUCCUGGCACGAUAGGACAGGGUCGAGAUAAAAGAGUAAAACCGGGUAAAAAGUUACCUGGUCAUAUGGGUUACAGAUUCAGAGUACAGAGAGGUCUUCAGAUUUUACGGAUGGACACGGAAUAUAACGUGAUCUGGGUGAAGGGACAAGCUAUCGCCGGAGAUACAAAUUCCAUUGUUUAUGUAUAUGACACGAAUGUCACACACAAACUUCUUAAUCAUAAAAAUCAACCCAUUUUCCCCACUUUUUAUCCGGAAGACUUGAAAGAACCGUUACCUAAAGAUAUCGUUUUACCGGAGAUAUUUGAUUUCUCGAAACCUACGAUAACUUAUGAAAUACCUCCCGAUCCGAAAAAGAAGAGAAAAUAAAUUUAAGCUAGAUUAAUCUGAACGUCCAUUGAAUGUGUUGAUAAAUUUUGAGCUAAGCGACUUGUACGUUUCUUCCUAUGUUGAAAAAAAUUAGGUUUAGUUUGUGAAAAUUUUGUAAAUAUAAAAAAAUAAAGUUGAGAUUUUAAGAAAA